AUGAGCGACGGAAACUCGAGAGAAUCCGUUCUCGACGCCAUUCUGAAGGCACAGGACAGGGCGUGGAAUGCCCUUCCGAAGCUGAUUCAACGACCCGCCCUUCCUCCGAUCGCUCCCAAAACCACUCCGAGUAUGUUUAUUAGGAACGAGUCCAUAGGUAUCUCUUCACUUUUCCACCCUUAUCUCAGUGUCGUUUCUAGAAGCAAGUCGUCCUGCCACAUCACUCGCCAGUCGUCCUCCGACCAAUUCCCUCGGCUUUCCUUCUCUUCCGAAACUUCCGAAUUUAGGCAUCCCUUUUGUUAAACCAUUGACAUCAAUCUUUGAGAAACCGAAAACACCGCUCUAUCCGAUUCCACGUACUAACAUUUCCUAUAUGCUCAAUUUGAAUGAAAUCGAUGAUAACGAGGUAAUCACAUUCUUUCCGGUUCCUUCUGAUUCUUCCCUUUCAGAUUCUUCGUCCAGAUUCGGCGGCUUCUACAGUCUUGUCCAGUGAACGAGAAGUGGUCAGAAAUGUUCUGAGGCUCGCGGAAACGUUCUCAGAAUUCCGAGAACUUUCUGUGGAACUUGAUCAGGUAACAUCAGAAGAAAUCGAACAAAUGCGCAGUGCGUGCAAGUCCCACGAUCACCGGAACAGCGGCCUUCUUUCCCUCUCCACCGUUCUCAAUUCCAUCAAAUCAGUGCUCGAAAACCCAUCAGAAACAUGGCAGAAUCUUAUGGAUUGGUUGGUUGCGACGAACAUUGACGAUGAUAAAACCUCGGAAGCUCCGUCGGACGUCGUAUUUCUCGUAGAUUAUCAAUUGUUCUUUGAAGUUCUGAACAAUGAUAAACAGGCGAGAGAUGUGUUGUAAGUGCCCAUUCCAGGCCCGUCUUGACCUCCUCGUUCAGAGUGAACAUUCCGGAAGUUCUGGAGUCUGACGACCGCGGCAGUGUUUUCUCUCAUCUCCCAGAUAGGCCCACUUCCAGUCAGGCACAAAGAGAACGGUGGAGGGUCAAAGUAAGUUCGCAUCCGUUUCAGUCCAUUUUGAUUAGAUUCCAAAUCAGUUGCUGGUUGACUUUGAAAUCAUAUUUUCUUCUAAUCCUGACAUCGACAUCGAACGGUUCAAGCAAGCCACCGACAAGAAGGUUUCCUGUUUCCAGUUUCCAGUUUCUUUCAUACACUUUUCAUCUUCAGAUCAUAACUGUAGAAGAACUGAAAAUGCUGCUCCAAAUCUACGGAUUGGCAGAGCACGUUCAGCACAUCGAGCAACGAAUAAUCGACUGCUUUCUCACUCACGACCACCUCUUUUGGUGAGCUCGCCAUUCUUUGCACCUGCCAAUUAGAAUUGGCCAGCAGGUUCAACAAGCAGUUUCAGUUUCUCCGCCUUCGUCGGCUGUCUCAAUCAGAUCAACCCGGCCGUCCUGGGCACCCGAUCCUUCUCCAUUCCGCCUCCGAUUCAGCCACUCUGGUCGAAGCCUGCCCUCCGCAAACUCGACGACUCCGGUGUCAUAGCUGACCUCGACGCAAGCGGGUCACACUCUUAA